AGUCAGUCCAAGUUCGAUCUUGAUGCAUCUUCGCCGCAUCGCCACUGGAAGUCGCGGCCGCUUGCCUGCGCGCCGCUUGCCUGCGCGCCGCUUGCGCCAUACGCUGGUCACGCCUGAAUGGAUCGUUGACACGAAAGAUAAACUCGUUGUGUUGGAUUGUGGAUCGCUCGACGGGUAUCACCGUGGUCACGUCCCCAAUGCGCUGCAUUUUGGUCUGCCCUCCAAGGACCCGAAGGAUCCUUUCCACAUCAUCACGGAGAAGUACUUUCGAUCGUACUUGGCUACCCUUCCUGUCGAACUCGACACGACCCUAGUCUUCUACGACGACUCGAAUCAUUUGCAAGCUACACGCGCAUGGUGGGUGAGUCGCUAUUUCGGAUUCCCCAAGGAUCAACUCAAGAUCCUGAACGGCGGAUUCCGCUACUGGGUCGAACACGACUUCGAAGUGUCAUGCCAAGUGGUGCCACCGUCAAGUCCUGUGUCGUCGACGCUACCUGCUAUUCAGAUGGACUCCUCUCGCGUGAUUGGGCUGGACGAACUCAAGGCACUCGUAGCCGCUGGCGCCGACGCGGGCGUCCAAAUCCUGGACACGCGGUCGGCGGAUGAAUACACCGGAGCGGCAGCGCACGGCAAUGCCCGACCGGGCCACGUCCCCCGCGCUCUGCAUCUGGAGUGGUCCGACACCCUGCAGCCGAGCGGUCAAUUCAAGUCGACGGACGAACUCGUCGCUCUCGUCGCGGCGGCCGGUCUGUCCGCCGACAAGCCCGUCGUCACGUACUGCCAGCGUGGGAUUCGUGCUGCGCACACUGCGUUCGUGUUGGAAGAACUCUUGGGCUUCCCCAAGGUUCGCGUGUAUGAAGCGUCGAUGGCAGAGUACUUAAACGCGCCCGACACAAAAGUCGAAGUGUCGUAAUGUGACAAUGCAUAAACCCUCGGCAUGCACAGCAACUUGGCAUAGCAGAGCCCCUCUCUCUGAAUUCCUGGUAGCUCAAAGGCACAGUCAGCACGAGCAGGAAGACAAGCUUGCAGCUUCCACACCGGUGCGUCCGCCAUCGGCACCGUCCGCUCUGUCGAAACAUUCACGCUGG